UGCAACUAGCGCUAUUUAGGUUUUCGUAGUAAGUAGCAAGUGAUUGGCUAAAAGGGACCCGGAAGAGAGGAUCUGUAAAAACUAAAAUAAUGUGGAACCAGGAAGCGUAUAUUUAAAAUAUUUUGUCUUAGUUCCUAGACAGGUAACUAAUGAUUUAAAAAUUCCCUGACAGUCAGGUCUGUCGAGUGUUGGAUUUGUGCACUGUCUUCUGCCACUCUUUCCAGUGGCCAGUGCAGCUGGCAUGAUCUCACGACAAGAUUUAUAAACAGACGUUGCAGCUGGUGGCUGGCGAGCUGUAAUAGUAGAAGUUGGUGAGGAAAGCUUCCUUAUAUCUCAGUCAUUAAGUGUCGUAAACAAUGGAUGAGAAAGCACGGAGCUGUUUGUUGCAGAACCGUUACACACUGGAACGGGACAUCAAGACAUCAUACAUUAUGGAUCACAUGAUCAGUGAUGAAGUUCUAAAACCACAUGAAGAGCAGAAAGUCCGUGCUUUGGCUACACAAAGGGAACGGGGAGCAAUGCUUAUAGAUAUAAUCUUGAAAAAGGAUAACUAUGCCUUCAUAUCCUUCUAUAAUGCCUUGCUUCAUGAGGGGUACAAAGAUCUUGCUGCUGUUCUUCAGGAUUGCAUUCCUCUUAUUUCUCCUGAACCUGAGAAAGGCAUUCUGGAUGGAGUGACACCAUACGAUUCUUUCCCUGGAGGAGUACACUGGUUGUCUGUUGGGAAACAAGACAAAGCUGGGCUGCUGUUAAAACUCCAGAAUCUGUGCAUCCGUCUAGAAAAUGAUUCCCAGUUGUCCCAGAGACCACCAAUUAAUAUAGAAGAGGCAAGGGACCGUCUGCGUUUGUUAAUGGUGCGGAAAUACCCAAGGUCACUUUUGAUUCUGGAUGAUGUUUGGGACAGCUGGGCACUGAAAGCCUUUGAUAUUCAGUGUCGAGUUCUGAUAACUAGCAGGAACCGGACUGUGGCUGAGUCAGUGACUGGCAAACGGUACUCAGUCCAUGUAGAGGAAGGAUUGUCACAUGGCAAAGGACUGGAAGUAUUAGCCCGUUUUGUAAACAAAAAAACAAAAGAAUUGCCAGAACAAGCACAUAACAUUGUGAAUGAAUGCAAAGGGUCACCUCUCGUUGUCUCUCUCAUUGGUGCUCUUUUAAGAGAGUUCCCUCAUCGCUGGGAGUACUACCUCAGACAGCUACAGAAUAAGCAGUUCAAAAGAAUCCGCAAAUCUUCUUCAUACGACUAUGAGGCCUUGGACGAAGCCAUGUCAAUAAGUAUUGAUGUGUUAAAUGAUGACCACAAGGAGUAUUACAAAUUUCUUUCUGUUUUGGAAAAAGAUGUUAAAAUUCCAGCUAAGGUGUUGUCUCUUUUGUGGGACAUGGAAACUGAAGAUGCUGAAGAUGUGUUACAGGUGUUUGUUAACAAAUCUCUCUUGUCCUGUGAUCGCAAUGGCAACUCAUUCCUUUAUUAUUUACAUGAUCUGCAGUUGGAUUUCCUGACAGAGCAGAACCGUAACAGACUACCUGAACUUCAUUCAAAGAUGGUCCGUCAGUAUCAGAAGUAUUAUAAAGAGAACCCUCCAGGGCCAGAAGAAGAGGAUUGUAUGUACUGGUACAACUUCCUUGCUUACCACAUGGCCAAGGGUAAUAUGCACAAGGAACUCUACCAGCUCAUGUUCUCGUUGGAUUGGAUUAAAGACAAGACUCAGCUGAUGGGGCCUGCUCAUCUUAUUAGUGAAUUUGUCGAAUAUCAGCAUAUACUGGAUUUAGAGGACAAAUUUGUUCGUAACAACUUCCAGGAAUUUUUGUGUUUGAAUGGACACCUGCUGGCCCAGAAGCCAUUGCCUGAUAUCUUUCAGCUAGGCCUUUGUCAGCCAAACUCAUCUGAAGUGUAUCGCCAAGCCAAACUGCAGGCUGAAAAGGCAGUAGAGAAAAGAGCAUUUUAUGUUGAUUGGAUAAAUCGAAACAGUUUACAGAGCCUCUGUCGUAUGGUUUUCCGUCCUCACGCAGACACUGUUUACCAUGCCUGCUUUUCACAGGAUGGGCAAAAGAUUGCUUCCUGUGGAUCUGACAGAACAGUACAGGUUUUCAGAAGCGAUUCUGGAGGUAAAUUCCUUGAAAUCAGCGCUCAUGAUGAUACAGUGUUGUGCUGUGAUUUUUCAGCAGAUGACAAGUUACUUGCCACAUGCUCAGCAGAUAAAAAGGUGAAGGUUUGGAAUUCAUUGACAGGUAAACUGCUCAGAAUAUACGACGAACACUUGGAACAGGUCAACCACUGUCAGUUUAACAACACAGAAGGCACAGUUUUAUUGGCAACCUGUUCUGAAGAUACAUAUGUGAAGCUUUGGGACCUUGACCGAGAGUGCAGCCGCAACUCAUUGAUUGGCCACACCAAGUCUGUCAACCACUGCAGAUUCUCACCUGAUGAUAAAUAUUUAGCCAGCUGUUCAGUGGACGGAACACUAUGGCUGUGGGAUGUUUCUUCUGCUAAUUCUUGGAAAACAAUCAAUGUGGAAGAAGCCUUUCGAGCUACUGAAUCUGAUUGUGAUGAAGUGGAAGUGUUCGUGAAAUGUUGUGCAUGGUCAUCAGAUUCAGAACGAUUAAUGGCAGCAACUAAGAAUAUUAUUUUUAUCUUUGAUGUCACGACAGGAAACCUGUUGUCAGAAAUUAAGACGAGUCGGCACAGCACCAUUCAAUAUUGUGACUUCUGUCCUGUUAGCCAACUGAUAGCAGUAGCUUUAUCCCACUUUUCUAUUGAGUUGUGGAAUGCUGAAUCCUGUAAAAGAGUGGCGGACUGUAAGGGACACUUAAGCUGGGUUCACUCUGUGAGGUUUUCACCUGAUGGAGCAAGACUUCUUUCUGCUUCUGAUGACCACACAGUGCGGCUCUGGGAAGCUAACAAAGUUUAUGGAUCCUCAUCUGUGUCACUGAAGCGUGAAGUGGAUGUGUUAUUUCAACAUAAUGACAUCAUUGUUUUGGCUCCUGACAGCAGAAACCAAGUCCAGCUAAUUGAUGGUAUAAAGGGUGAAGUGUUGGGUCAGAGUGAGCCCCAGAAUGCUCGUAUUCGAAGCUGCUGUAUUCAUAGAAGUGGCCAGCUUGCAAGCUUGGGUUGUCAGGAUGGUACUGUAAAGGGAGGCAUCAAAUCCGCAAAGCAGGUCCUGAAGAAUAUUGGUGUAUGGACCCUGCAGAUCCUGACACCCCUGGAAAGUUGUUUAAUAGCAGUAGGACUAGACAGUGGAACAGUCAAGGUCUUAGACAUGCCUAGUGGUCAGACUCGUGGAACUACAAAACACCAUACCAAAUCUGUACAGUGCUGUCAGUUUACCCAGGAUGGCCAGCAUGUCAUUACCAGUUCAGAUGAUGGAACAAUACAGGUGUGGAACUGGGAGACACAGGCCUCCAAUAUGUUAAUAGGACACAAGGAACCAGUAAAGAAUUUCAAACUUCUGAGGAACUCACAACUUCUGUCAUGGUCUUUUGAUGGAACAGUUAAGGUCUGGGACUUAAACACCAGUGAAAUUAUACAAGAUAUUGUAUGUCAUAGUGAAGCCAUUCUCUCCUGUGAUGUCAUUCCAGAUGGAUCAAAGUUUGCCUCUGUGUCAGCUGACAAGACCGCCAAGAUCUGGAGUUUUGAAGGUGCUGCCUGUCUUCAUGUACUCAGAGGCCACAAGAGCUGUGUACGAAGCUGCAGGUUUUCAUGGGAUGCCCAGUACUUGGCAACCGGUGAUGAUGAUGGGGAAAUAAGGGUUUGGAAUGUUAAUAGUGGUUCUUUAUGCCACAUAUGUCCUCAGGAAUGUGGGGAAUCGGUAGAGUCUCGACAUGGUGGCUGGGUCACAGACCUGCAUUUCUCUCCUGACAGUAAGAUACUUAUGUCUGCUGGAGGAUUUAUAAGGUGGUGGAAUGUUGAUACAGGAGUGCUGCUCCAGACAUUUUACACAAUUGGAUCAUACCUGAAAAAAAUGCACGUGUCAUCGAACUUCCAAACCUAUGUCACUAUUGAUAAUAAUGGCAUCCUUUAUGUUCUGAAGCGGAUUGAGUGAAGCUAUGUAGUUUCUCGCAGCACAAUCAUGGUUCUUAGUGAAAGUGUCAUCCAGAUGACAUUGUAUGAAAAAGAGAAAUUCAACUUUUGGUGCACAGAACUCUACCAAAUAUGUAUUCCAGUAUUGUGUUCACCUUGUUUACAUUUUUUUCAAAAGUAAAACUGAGCCAAGGUACUAUUGUUUAUCAAGUACCUUAUAAACUGCAACACCAAAAUGGUAGGUAAUAAUGCGAAUCAUAAAUGCAGUCAUGUUGGCCCAGUAUUGAGAUGGGCUGAGUCCUAGAAGAAAAAUAAGGUAUAAUGUAUAGACCAGAUCAUUGUUUGAAAUUCACAGAGAGAAGAAGGAAUUGUCAAUUUUAAAUGGCGUUACUUUUUUGUGAUCAGUGGUGUUGCUGGAAAGAGAGCAUUCAUCUACUUAUAUGUGCAGCUGAUCAGGUUGUUAAUAUACAUAAGCUCUUCAUUGUGGUAGUAGUUGUAGAAAUGUAAUUUUUUGUUUUAAUGAAAUACAGUCUUUUGCCUGUUAAGCGCAACUAAUGAGGGCAGUAAUGUGGAUGUAACAACUUGAUCUGUGUGUGUGUGUGCAAAGAACCACAUAUUCACAUGGAUGUAGUUUGAAAGUUUUCUUUUGUGGUAGAAUAUUCUGCCGUUUAAUCACAUUCAUUAGUUGUACCACCAUGAUCAGUGAUUCAGUAUUUUCAUAGAGACAAGUUCUUAACUUGUAUUUAUAAUGUUCUCAACAAUUAGCAAUUUUUAAUACAGAAUAACCUGCACACCAUAUCCUUAAUAAUGUAUAGCCAUUCAUUCAUUUCAUAAUAAUUGCUUUAUCCUGUUCAAAGUGUCAGUGGAACUCGAGCCUAUCUGGACUAGUCAGUUGUGAAGGGGAAGCCAGACUAUCAAAGGAUGUAAGCAAAUGUACAUGCAUCUAUAGUCAAUGUAGGGGAAUCACCAAAUUAUCUUUCAGCAUGCCUGGAUAUGAUGUAAGAGAGAACAAGAGAUAACAUUAAAAUCAACACAGGCACAGGAGACAUGAGCAGAGUUCCCAGAGAAGGUAACCUGGCCAGCAACUGAACCGGAAACAUGCUUUGUUUCAUUCUGUGAACAGGAUAGCUCAAUAGUUUGAGAAUGAAAUGAAAAUUUGCUUAAAGUCCAAAUGAUAUACUGUGUCAAAGAAAGUUGCUGAGCUGCUUGCUGCAUUUCUGAAGCUAACAAACUGAUCUAGUAGUUUUUUUUCCCCUCAAAAAUGUUUGUUUCUUAUCAGAAGACUUUAGUUUGGUAGUGUUUUGAAAAAAGACGAAAAAAAUCAAAACUUCUACUUUUUAUUACACAGGAUCCUUUCAUUAGAAAUUAGUUUUAUUUCCAUUUGUUUUUGCAGUAAAUAUUUGUUAAUAUUUUAUAAAUUGUUUUAUCCCAUUCUCGCUUACACAUGGGCACUUAUGGUACUCACUGAUCCUAGUUAACAGUUCCUUUUAUAGUGAGUACUAAUGUUUCUUUAUUAAAUGCUGUCUGGAACAACAUCCUGAGCUGCUGCUACAUAUGUUUUAAGAAGUCAAACUUUGUGGCAGACUUGAAAAAUGAGUAACAAAACAAACUAUAACAGUAAAACAUAAAAUGGCCAGGAUACAGCUUUUGUUUGUCUUUCGGCUUUUCCCGGUUAGGGGUCGCCACAGUGGAACUCCAGU